ACCUCCUACAAUGCCCACAGUCAAGGCCCGGAAAUAUCACCAAAAUAAAACAGCUUUACGUCUGAGUUUACGAGGUCACAGAGCGGGGCGGAGUUGAAUACAUAUUUUCUUAGUAUUUAGAAGGAAUUUCUGGUAAGAUAUAUAAACGAUGUCCUAUAUUAAACUAAAGCUGGUGAUUGUGGGCGAUGGCGCUUGCGGCAAGACCUGCUUACUCAUGGUGUUUCGUAAUGACGAAUUUCCGCCCGAUUACGUUCCGACAGUUUUUGAAAAUUAUGUCAAAGAACUGGUGGUCGAUGACAAGGAUAUUGAACUCGAAUUAUACGAUACCGCUGGCCAGGAAGACUACGAUAGGCUCAGGCCACUAUCCUAUCCAGGAAGUGACGUCAUACUCGUGUGCUAUUCCGUGGACUCGCCAAACAGUUAUGAUAACGUCAGGGAAAGAUGGGUCCCAGAAGUUGAGCAAUUUUGUCCGCGCGUUCCAAUUAUACUCGUAGGUUUAAAGAAGGACCUCAGAAAUGACACGAAUACGAUCAAAGAUCUUGAAGAACAAGGAUGGCAACCAGUUUCCUUGGAACAAGGAAGAAAGAUGGGAAAUGAGACUGGAGCGAUCGAAUUUUUGGAAUGCUCAGCGCUCAAACGUGAUGGAGUACAAGAAGUGUUCGAGGCAGCGGUACGAGCCGCCAUAGUAAGGCGGAAGAGUAAAAGUGGCUGUUGUUGCACAAUUUUGUAGAAAUGGACAGUCUCUGUCCUGUAUUACCACGGUGUACUCCUGCAGGGAAAGACCUUUACUUCAUUUUCUAAUUUAUUAUAAUCCAGGAUAACUCGUGCAUGGCAAAAAUAUCUUUCAAUUUAGCAUUCCAAAGCGAGAUUCAUUUUGCAUGAAACAUUUCAGCCCAUGCAGUUGGCGCAUCUUGCAUGAAGCAUUUCAGACCAUGCAGUUUGCGUACGGUGCCGACGGCUAAUGAUGCAUAAUGGGUCCUUCAAUGAUCCAUCGGUAAUGAGUCCGCAGCAAGUCAGCGUUUUCUCAAACCAGGCUGAUUAAAUAAUUUCAUUUUAAGGCUGUUAUGGUGUUAAAAAUAUUGUAAUUUAGAAUUUUCAGUGUUAUUUUUCGCCUGAGCUCUAAGCUGAACAUAAAGCUGUAUUAAAUUGUAUUUGACAGUAAUAGAUUAGUUUCUUAAAGUGAACGUCUUGUUCCCUGUGUGGUAACGAUAUUUUUGCAAGAAACUACACUGUGCGGUAUCAUUCCACAACAUACAAUUAUUUAUUUUAAUGUUAGAUUCUUCUAUUAUUGCAAACUCUAUAUGGACUGCAUUGCUAAAUACAGUAUAUCUAUAGUAAACGCAUACAUGCCUAAGUAACGUUCUCUAAAAAAGUCAGUAAUUCGUGGGGAUAGAAAUAUAUGUAAAGCUGUUUUGUUACUGAGUAUCCUAGUAAAAUUCCAUUGUAGAGAUUAAAAUUAUUUUGAACAAA